CGCCUCCCAGCCCAGCCGGUGUCUCGAGCCUCCCUCGCGCUAUCCCCGGUCCUGCCCAUUCUCUCCCUUUUCACCCCCGCCCUUCCCGCGCGUUGGUUCGCUCUACCCCGCCCCCUCUCCCCCACCUCUGCCUUCCCCUCCCCGCCCCCCCCGGCUCCCCGCGGUGGUCUGGCCCGGCCCGGCGGCUGAGGGAGCGAGGAGACGGGUAGGGCGGCGCUGGUGGCCGGGGGUCUCGCUGUCCGUUGACGCGCCGGCCCCUGCGAGGCGGAGAGCGGCGGAGCGAGCGGAGCGAGCUAGGAAGCGGGAGCGGCUCCCCGACCCCGGGCAGCACCAUGAGUGAGCAGAGUAUCUGCCAAGCACGAGCUGCAGUAAUGGUCUAUGAUGACGCCAAUAAGAAAUGGGUACCAGCUGGUGGAUCAACUGGAUUCAGCAGAGUCCAUAUAUAUCAUCACACAGGCAACAACACAUUUAGAGUAGUGGGCAGGAAGAUUCAGGAUCAUCAGGUGGUAAUAAACUGUGCCAUUCCAAAAGGGCUGAAGUACAAUCAAGCUACACAGACCUUCCACCAGUGGCGCGAUGCUAGACAGGUGUAUGGUCUGAAUUUUGGCAGCAAAGAAGAUGCCAAUGUCUUCGCAAGUGCCAUGAUGCAUGCCUUAGAAGUAUUAAAUUCACAGGAAGCUGGUCCAACAUUGCCUCGACAAAAUUCACAGCUCCCCUCUCAAGUACAAAAUGGUCCAUCACAAGAAGAACUGGAAAUCCAGAGAAGACAGUUACAAGAGCAACAAAGGCAGAAGGAGCUGGAACGGGAGAGGCUGGAUCGCGAACGAAUGGAACGGGAGAGGCUGGAGAGAGAGAGACUAGAAAGGGAAAGACUUGAAAGAGAGCGCCUAGAACAGGAGCAGCUGGAGCGAGAACGGCAAGAAAGGGAACGGCAAGAACGCCUGGAAAGGGAGAGACAAGAAAAGGAGAGGCAGGAUCGAGAGAGACUUGAACGACUUGAAAGGGAUAGGCAAGAAAGAGAGCGGCAAGAACAGUUGGAAAGGGAACAAUUGGAAUGGGAAAGAGAGAGAAGGAUUUCAAAUGCUGCUCCAUCUUUCGACAACUCCCCGUAUAGCACUCCACUUCCUGAGUACUCCAGUUGCCAGCCUCCUUCAGCACCUCCUCCAUCAUAUGCAAAAGCAGUCUCAGCACCAAUGGCAGAGGCCACACCGGAGUAUGCUGUAGUGACUUCUGCACCACCGACUUCCACUCCCCCUACACCGCCUCUAAGGCACUCUGCAUCACGUUUUGCUACAUCUUUAGGCUCAGCUUUCCACCCUGUUCUUCCCCAUUAUGCUACAGUUCCUCGUCAGCUGAACAAAAGUUCUCGGCCCCCUUCUCCUGUGAACGCCCCAGCGACUUUGCCCCCAAAUACAAAGCCUGUUGCCUGGUCUGCGCCCAGUUUUGCACCCCUUCCCCCAUCUCCUCCAGUAAUGAUAAGCAGCCCACCAGGCAAAGCUACUGGUCCAAGACCUGUCCUCCCAGUGUCGGCUUCGAAUCCAGUGCCCCAAAUGCCCACGUCUCCUACUGCUCCAAAUGGGCUUCCUGAAAGCGUGACUCAUCCAGCUCCUUCGCCUUCUACCUCAGGUCCAACUCUGCCUCCGCCACCCCCUCCUCCCCCACUGCCUUCCUUUCCGCCUCUUUCACUCUCUGGACCUCAAGCUUCUCCUUCUCCAAACUCCCCUAAUGCCUCGACUCCCUCAUCCAAGCCUAGUGUUCUCCCUUCUCCCUCUGCAGCUACCCCUGCCUCUGUUGAGAACUCUCUAAACUCUGUGCUGGGAGACUCCUCUGCUUCUGAGCCAGUCUUGCAGGCAGCCUCUCAGCCGAUUGAACCUACGACCCAGCAGGGUGUUGUCCAAGGACCACCUGCACCUCCUCCCCCACCCCCACUGCCCCCUGGCCCAGCUCAGUCUUCAGUAGCAGUCCCACCUCCUCCUGGCCCGCCACCACCACCUCCACUUCCACCCUCAGGGCCGCCGCCGCCACCACCACCUCCUCCACUUCCUAGCCAAGUUCCUCCCGUUCCUCUUCCACCUCCUGCCCCACCCCUCCCUGCUUCUGGAUUUUCAGUGGGAUUUAUGUCUGAAGAAAAUCGCCCUUUAACUGGACUAGCUGCUGCACUUGCUGGAGCCAAACUUAGGAAGGUGUCACGGGGUGAAGACUCCUCCAGUUCAAGUGGAGGAGGAAGCUCUGCUUCAUCUAAAACAGACGGUGGCCGUGGAAAUGGGCCGCUUCCCUUGGGAGGCAGUGGAUUAAUGGAAGAAAUGAGUGCCCUGCUGGCCAGGAGGAGAAGAAUUGCUGAAAAGGGAUCAACAGAACCAGAGCAGAAAGAAGAUAAAACUGAAGAAUCAGAGUCCUCAACUUCUAAGGUUUCUUCAACAAGCACACCUGAACUAACGAGAAAGCCUUGGGAAAGAACAAAUACAGUGAAUGGAAGCAAGUCACCUGUUAUCUCCAGACGGGAAUCUCCAUGGAAAAAUCUGAUUGUUUCUGAAAACAGGUUCUAUGAUUCAUUGAACAGACCAAAAUCUACACCAACGGGGCAACCCAGUGCCAACGGAGUACAGUCAGAAGGUCUAGAUUAUGACAGAUUGAAGCAGGAUAUUUUAGAUGAAAUGAGAAAGGAGUUAACGAAACUAAAGGAAGAACUCAUUGAUGCUAUCAGGCAGGAACUGAGCAAGUCGAAUACUGCAUAGAAAGACUAGUACUAAGCUGAUGUGACUCUUUAACUUGGUAUAAAACCGACUACAUUUUGUGAGCUGUUAGAAGAAAAUGGAGACAGACACUUGGAAGGAGGGAGAAACAACAUAUUCUGAAAAGCUUCAGAUGCAUCACUCUGGUGAUAUGCUAUUUCCCUCCUAGUUUGCAGCUUUUUUCUGACCUUUACAGCAGGGUGGAAAAGAGUCUUAAAGUUACUGUAAUGAAUAUGCAGAAAUUCCUACACCUAUCAGACAAGAUCGCAGUGCUUUGAAAUAUUCUCAUGUCAAGAUAAAAUUGCACAUGUUUCAGAAUUUGUUGUUUAAAAAAACCAGGGAAAAGCUUGGGAAGGCUUUUCAGAGAGGUUUUCUUUAUUAAUGAAGGAUUUAGCAAGUUAUACUGUUGUACUUCAAGUGUAUCUCAGGUUUGUCUUCCUAUCAUAUCUGAUAUUUCCACGAACAAUUUAAAAGAUCAGACGUGUGUAAGUUCAGAUCACAAAAUAUGGAAAAAUUAGAAAUGUGUGCUUUUAAAGGGCAAUAUUUGUAAGUGAAUGACCUAGACGGUGAUGACAUAUCAAGAUUUUGGAAUUUAUGAUAGGAAGCCUCUCUAGUUAGCCUUCAUGCAAUUUUAUAGGAAAAAAAAAAAAAAAAGCAAAUACAGUCCAGAAUUAAAGAUGUAGAUGCCUUCCUACAUUGUAACAAUGCUUUACCAAAUCUAAGACUUCUACAUAAUGCGAGUCAGCAGUCAAAUGUAAAUCAUUAGUAUGUUGUAGAUUUACGGUAGAUUUUUGGGCUUUUUUUAGAUUUAUGCAUGUGGACAUUUUUGUAAUGUAACACAACAGAGUCAGCUUUUUAAUUAAAAGAAAAAUUGCAUGUCACAAAUAUUAAGUAGCCUUUUCAUUUUUAAGGCUUAAUUUAUGCCCAGAAAAAUGCGGGGUAAGGGAGGGGAAAGGUGACACAUUUUUAUUACUUUCUACACUUUUUCUUCAUAUUACAUGCAUGUGUAGUAAUGAGGAAAACGUGACUUUUAUCAGUAACCAUGUUAAUGGAACCAGGUACUUAAUCCUUUUUGUAUCUUUUUUUUUCCAGUUUUAUAUUUGAAAUUCACUAAUACUUCCAUAAAGGGUUCCGAAACUCCAAUGUGAAUUUAACUUGUUUCUUGGUGAGAAAACAAACAUUUGGACUUUUAAAUUACUAAGGAUGCACCUGUGUAAGUGCACUGUCCACUAUCUUUUUACAAUACCCCCUUGCUUCACUGUUUUCUGAGAGUCCUUUUUUGAUUGCCUGAUGACACAGGACAGCAAGUUACAUUAGAACAAUGGAGCAUCAGGUCACAGCAAUUGUCCCCUUUUUCCCCCCCAACCAAUCUGCCACCCUCCUUUCAAAAAAAUAAAAUAAAAAACAAAAAAGCCCCAACCCCACGCAUAAUCCAAACCCUGAAAAAUAACAAUGGUAUGCCAUUGGCUUCAGUCAAUAAUUUGAGAAUUAUUUUCGGGGGAGGUGAAACCCUUCUUUUUCCCAGAGUUUUCAUAUUUAACACCUGUAGAAAUUUUUUUGAUGUGAUACAGUUUGGUAGAUAGAAAUCCAGUAAAUGGGAUCUGUAGUGCUUUGGAAAAAAAAGUGCGGAUGAAAAUCUUCCCUUUUCCUUUGCACUGUCAAUUUUUCUGAGCUGUAACAGUGCCAUGUUUGCUUUGUGAUCUGUGCUGAUCCAAAAGAAAAGUUUACUUACGACUUUUGGAAAGAUCAAUGUUUCAGCUUAAAAGUAUAUGCAGCUCCAUUUGUAGAACAAAUGCUUUCAGUAACAUACCCUCUUAAGUGCUGAACACUAAAGCAAAACAGCACUUACUGCUUUGGAAAGGCUUGAAUCAAUUCUUUCUCCAGUUCCAAUAUUUCCUGUUUCUGUAGAUUAAAAUUCUAAGACAAGACUAUGGUGGAAAUAUUGCCUAAUUCAAUUUAUUAAUCCUUUUUUUAAAAAAACAAAAACAAAAACAAAAAAAACAUUUUUCUGCAUGCAUUUGUUGAAGGCAUUAAAAAAAAUCUGUAGUAAGCUUGUAAAGUACUGUUUUUCUCAAAAUAAGAGGAGGCAUUUUCAUCUUUGUUAAUGUAACUUUUUGUUUUACAAAGACAUUUUCAACAUUAAGGAAGUUUACCCUUGUCAGAAAUCAUGUUUCAUUUGUUUGUUAGGAAAGUUCAGGAGUAGUAUAGUGGAAUAGUGUGGUGGGUAUCAGUGGUCCAAAAUUAAAUGCUGAACUACUAGAUUGUGCAAGGAACUGGCUUAUGCACUAAACGUUUCGUGCCUUGGUCUAAAAUUAACAUGAUUUCUGUUUAAAAGAAAAUGGAUCAGAUGUCUUCUUUUGUGCUGCUUCUACAUACAUACUUUCUGUAAUCCCAAAUUGCUGAAUCUGUUCCUUCCAGAAUAUCAGAUUGAAUUAAAGAUGACUGUAAACAUUUCCUGUCAUACUGACAGUUGCACCACUUCCAGAGAUUUCAGUAUUUAAAAUGAACUACAGAAGCUAAGAUUAUUUUGCUUACUGGUAACUGAGUUCUUUAAAAACCAUGUUGUGGUGGUUCUGUGCUUUUGUACAAUGGAUGUCUUAAGCUGAGUACAGUCUAGGGGAUCCUUUCUAAUUCCAGGAAAGCACUGCUUUCCUCAACACUGUGAUCUGAUCUGUGAUAAACCUGUACUAUAUACAAGUGGCUAACAAGUCAACUGCAAACAAACUGAAUGUAAAAAUCUUAGUGCUGGUGCUGAAAUCUCUUCAGAUAGUCAUAAUGGUUUCCAGUUCAUUGUUUUAAAAAGUUAUUGAGCAUCAAGUGUCAAUCAAAACUGAAGAUGAUCACUAAUGAAUGUUGAAUUUUCAUGCAUUUAGGUUUACCUUCUUUUUAGUUUCUCAGUUCAUUCUCUGCUAUUUUUACCAUAUUGUGUCCUUUUAAAUUUCUUACAUGCUAACGUUUUGUUUGAGCGAAUGAAAUAAAAUUGCAAUAUAUA